AUGGGUGCUGUGCAACAAAAAUGCUGCGCAGUUCAGGAGGUGGGUGGCACAGCUGAAGCUGUUGCAGAAACGAAGUGCCUCAGCGAUCAGCCCAUUCCACCAACUGGAAAGCCACUCUGGCUAAGUGAGGCAGAGGCCUACGUGACGCUCCAGAAGCAAAAAGAAGCCGAAGCCGCUCAGCGGCUACAGGAGCUAGCCGAGAAGGCUGCAGAAGACGAGCGAAAGGCAAAAGAAGAAGCACAACGAAAAGCAGCUGAGGAGGAGGCGAAGAAAGCUAAGGAGGCCGAAGCAAAAGCGAAAAAGAAGGUUUCUUCGAAAAAGGCCGCAGCGCCAAAGACGCCCACAAAGCCAGACCUGGAGGAGGAUGUCAAGGCAGCAGAUGCUAAGCCAGAGCAGGGGCCGGAGGCAAAGGCUGAAGUCUCUGAGGAGGAGAAGGAGAAGUCCCCGAAGCCGGCAAAACCAGCCAAGCCGGAGGGGGAGCUCCGCUACGAGUUUGAGGUGAAGUGUGUCUCAGCCCGGGGCCUCCGUGAUGCGGACUGGCUGGAGGGAACCUCCGACCCGUACUGUCUCUGUGAGUCCAUCGGGAAGGUCAAAUCCAAGUUCAAGACGAAGACGGUGAAGAACAAAGAGAGCCCUGUCUGGAACCAAGCGGCAAAGAUGCAGCUUGGUCAGGGGGACUGUCUCAAGUUCUCCAUCUAUGACCAGGAGGGGGCGGACGAAAUGCUUCCUCCUUUUGCUGCUUUGGACCAUGGCCUGGGCAGAGGAGCCAAGUUCUGGUUGCCCGUUUUGCUCCUGCAAGCAAGCCCUGUACCCGUCCCAGCGGUCCCAGCACCAGCUUCUCCACAGUCGGACCUCAUCACGCAGGAAAUGGAGGAGUUGAAGAUGCUUAUAAAAAUGGGUGACGAGCGCAUGGCUUUCCUUAAGGAACUCCAAGGAGCCGCAACAGAUGGCAAAGGCCUGCCACUGUCUGCUGCACAGACGCAGGCACUGACGGAGGGUCUCCCGUUGCUGUCAGAGAUUGCUGGUCAAGGCGACAGGGCGCCUAUUGCAGCAGCUGAAGAUUUCUUGGUAACAAAAACCGUCCUCCCCAUGGCGGAGCCCGUAGCUCACAUAGAAUGGCUAUUAUUGCGCAAUCCGCGGCCUUCAACAGCAUCAUCCCCGUCCUCAUCGCCGCAGUCACAGACGCCAACAUGCAUAUUGGCAGCGGUACAUGCUGAGGGGAAUGUUCGGCUUUUCAGCCCCAGUGGUGAGCUUUUGCUCACUUUUGAGGCUGGCCACGACGCACCAAUCACGCACAUAGCAACCUCUCCAACACAUGAGGAGCACCUACUGGCUACAGGAGAUGCCGGUGGAUCAAUUCGAGUCCACAGAAUCUCUGUGAGGCAGCGUCGUGUCAGUAAGGAGGAGCGGGCAACGAGAUCCAACUCUUCGGAUGAGAAGCUCUCGCAAUACUUAGGCCCUCAGCUGAACGUUACAAGUCAACUCCAGAGGCAACUCCAACUUCCUGGAGGAGAUGGCAGCUUAAGCGCCUUAGCUAUUGCCAACCACAAGAGCACUCGGGAGAUCGUCGCGGGUGAUUCCAUGGGGCGUAUUAGCGUAUUUGCCAAGAAUGGCACCUUGAAGAAUCAGGUCGACGCAACAGCCAUGGAGGGUCCAGGUGUGGAAGGCCUGCACUCCUUUCAUAGCCAAGUGAUCUUCCGUGCUGGCAUGGAGUGGGGCUACGUGAACCUUGACAAAGCUGAAGUGAAGCACAUCGAUUGUCCAAAGUUCGAGGGCCGAGUUGCUGCAAUUACAGUCGACAGCCAGCAGCUUUCAAAGGUACUUCUGUCAGAUGAAAGCGGCGCAGUUUGGGUCUUCAACGUCAAGAACCGCAAGGACUGCGAGUUCGAGAAGAAGUUUCCCCAUGCCACAGAUUACAAGGUGCCUCUGGAGCUCUCCGCUAUUCGUGGCUUUGUGAUCGGGUUACAGAAGUCAACCCCGUCAGAGUUUCCAACGUCAUCCCUGUUGGCUUUGAAUAUGAGCCAGCACAUGGGUAGAAGACGUCCUGGAGAGCUAGGUCCCGGCGGUCAUGUGAUUUGGCGGCGGCCAAGACUACCUAUUCGGGACUGGAGCGUGCAACGAAAGCAGCACGGAGAUGUAGUAGCUCUUCUUUCCGACGACGGGCGAGAGGUUGAGAUAUUGGAAAUCCUGAUGCAGGUCUACACACCGCCUGCCAACAGCGACCCAUUCUCCAACUUCAAGCUGCCGGUGAUGGCCUGCGCAGUGGUUCUUCUGCUAGGCUAUCAGUUCAUGAAGCAGAAGGGCAAGGGAGGCUCCGGAGGCCUCGCUGGCCUGGGCGGUGGGCGUGGAAAGCUUGGCAAGAGUGACUUUGCCAGCUUGCUCAACAAGAAGAAGAUGGGAGGCUUGAAGGGCAAGAGGCCUUGA